GUUGAACUGAGCGGAGGUGAAGAAGAGGAGGAUGAAGCUGGGAGCGGAGGAUGGGAGGAAGAGUGGAAUAAGAGACAGGCUAGCUGUGUGUAAAUGAGUGAGUGAGUGAGGAAGAGGAGAGGAAGGUCGUCUGAGGGACCGAAAACAAAGACUUCAAUUUUUGGGGAUAACCUCCGGAGCAUUACAAACGGAAACUUUCAACUUUUUACCCGCCACAGCUCGGCUUGUUGUGCCCGGAGCCGGCUUUGUUUCACGGCGGGGGUGUCUGCGAUAAAUGAAGGAAUAAAAUAGACCCAGAUCGACCUUUUUCUAACCAAGCGGGCAAAAACCCUGGGACUGUUUUUGCUAAAGGUUACGAGAGAAUGACGGCCAACAUGUACCGAGUGGGAGAUUAUGUGUACUUUGAGAACUCCUCCAGCAACCCUUACCUGAUCCGGAGAAUAGAAGAACUCAACAAGACUGCCAACGGCAAUGUGGAGGCCAAGGUGGUGUGUCUGUUCAGGAGGCGAGACAUCUCAGGCAACCUUAACACUCUGGCUGACAGCAAUGCAAGGGAGUUUGAGGAGGAGUCGAAGCAGCCAGCUCUGUCCGAACAACAGAAACACCAGCUCAAACACAGAGAACUCUUCCUCUCUCGACAGUUUGAAUCUCUACCUGCUACACACAUACGGGGUAAAUGUAAUGUCACCCUCCUCAAUGAAACAGACGUCCUGGCCGGUUACCUGGAGAAAGAGGACUGUUUCUUCUACUCGCUGGUGUUCGACCCAGUGCAGAAGACCCUGCUGGCUGACCAGGGUGAGAUCCGAGUGGGUUCCAAGUACCAGGCAGAGAUCCCUGACAAGCUAGCCGAGGGUGAAUCAGACAACCGAAUCCAGGAGAAGUUGGAGACCAAGGUGUGGGACCCCAACAAUCAGCUCAAAGACCCUCAGAUCGACCAGUUCCUGGUGGUGGCAAGAGCUGUGGGGACUUUUGCACGAGCCUUGGACUGCAGCAGCUCCAUCCGCCAGCCAAGCCUUCACAUGAGCGCCGCUGCAGCCUCCAGAGACAUCACACUGUUCCAUGCUAUGGAUACGCUGCAGAAGAACAGCUACGAUCUGGCCAAAGCCAUGUCCACCCUGGUGCCUCAGGGGGGUCCAGUGCUCUGCCGUGAUGAGAUGGAGGAGUGGAGCGCCUCAGAGGCCAUGCUGUUUGAGGAGGCCCUGGAGAAAUACGGCAAAGACUUCAAUGACAUCCGCCAGGACUUUCUCCCCUGGAAGUCUCUUGCCAGUGUGGUUCAGUUCUACUACAUGUGGAAAACUACAGACCGCUACAUCCAACAGAAACGACUAAAAGCAGCAGAGGCAGACAGCAAGCUGAAGCAGGUGUACAUCCCCACCUACACCAAACCCAACCCCAAUCAGAUCAUGGUGCCAGGCAGUAAGCCUGGUAUGAAUGGAGCAGCUGGCUUUCAGAAAGGACUCAGCUGUGAGAGCUGCCACACUGCUCAGUCUCCUCAGUGGUACGCCUGGGGCCCUCCCAACAUGCAGUGCAGAUUGUGUGCCUCAUGCUGGAUCUACUGGAAGAAGUAUGGAGGCCUGAAGACCCCCACUCAGCUAGAGGGUGCUGCUCGAGGAGGCUCUGAGACGGGCCCCCGUGGUCACAUGACUCGUCAGGAGGUCCAGGGCUUGUCACCGUUCACCCGCAACGAGGGUCGAGCCAAACUUCUGGCCAAGAACCGCCAGACAUUCAUCCUGCAGACCACCAAGCUGACACGUAUUGCCAGGCGGGUGUGUGAGGACAUCCUGCAGCCACGCCGCGCUGCACGGCGGCCCUACGCCUCCAUCAACGCCAAUGCUGUCAAGGCUGAGUGUAUGAUCAGGCUGCCCAAGGCGACAAAAACCCCUUUAAAGACCAGAGUGGUGCCUCGGCAGUCACUGGCCAACAUAGUGCAAGAUUUAGCCAUCUCAGCUCCUCUGAAGCUCAAGGCAUCUAGAGGUCCCCCAACGCCCAUCAACAGGAACCAGGCCAGCCAGCCACGCGUGGGACAAAGCCUGCUGGGAAAGAGAGGCUUCGAUAGCGCUUCAGGGGUGCCAUACCCAGCCAAUGGGAGGCCGUAUGUUUCAGGUAUGAGGUCCUCCAGCCAGACGGUCAUCAAGCGGCAGAAAGUCAACCAAGGAGAGGCGCCCAACCCGGUGGUGUUUGUGGCCACGAAGGACACCAGGGCUCUGAGGAAACAUCUGACUCAGUCUGAGAUGCGCAGAGCAGCGAGGAAGCCUCACAUCCUGGUCCGGAUCAAGUUGCCGCCGCCGCCCCCUCGUUCCCUGGCCAUGCCCCUGCUCCCCUCCAGCACCAGCGAGCCCAUUGUCCUGGAGGACUGAAGGGAUGACGGCCAGGGUGUCUCUGAACAGGACAUGGGGGUCGGGUGGGAUUAGGGGAGGGUCUGUGCUCAGCACAGUGCGCCAUACCAGUAGUCUUUAAUUUCCCCUCUUUUCAGUGUCAUGUUCCUUUAGUCCUCUGUUACUUCCCAAAACUUGAUGUCUCACACUCACACACACUCUUACACUGUACAUUUCCAUCAUAUGAAACAAGCAUCUACUUACAUCAACACACUGACACACACACACCUUGGGCUUUGUAGUAUUUUAUUCCAGACCCUGAAUUCUUUUGCUUCUCUUUUUAAAGCCACCUGUUUUUAAAUGUGUAAUUUAAAUCAAGAUAUUUCUCAUCCCGAUACAAUGAUAAAGCACACUUUGUGUCGUCCCCUUCCCCACUCUCUCUAUUUUUAUGUAAAUAUAUGCAUCAAUAGGGGGCGACACCUCCACCAAGAGAUGAGAAUGAGAGACUGAAGGCCGACUCGAAUUUGAUCCAGAUUUCACUCAAACACUCCGUGAUCAAUGUCUCGGUUUUCAGUGUGUGUGUAACUGAACAGAGCCCAGGGCAGGAAGCUAUCUGACUGUUAACGCCAGAUCUUUGUCGGUGCACACAUUCAGAGCCAUCAGUGGCAACGUUAACUUUCUCACUGUCAUGUUACCUGUUCAUUAAUCAGGGUAAAUACACGGGUCACCCAAGGUCUGCACCUCAUCAUAUGGACGGAUUUUAGUCAUGAAAAUACUGAGUGAGCAAGAAGUGAGUUGGUGUAAGAGCGGACGAACGAUUAUGGAGAACAUGCAGCCAGUUUGUUCUGAACUAACAGUAGCAUUUUUACAGUAAAAGCACCAUCACAUUUGAGUAUCAGUAUCAGACAACAUCAUAUAUUUGUAAUUAAUCAAUGAAUUGUCCAGUUUUGUCAAAACAUGUGAAGACUACUUUAGGGAAAAAAGCAGGUAACACUGCACAGCUUGGAUAAAAGUUUGAUAGUAUAAGGAAAUAAUGAAGUAUGCCAGUGUAAUUACCAAGGUAAUAACUUCUAUGAAUACUCGGGUGAAUCUGGAUGACAUUAGAUGUAAAUUUAUCUGUGUAAGGGUAAUAAUGGAGAAACAAUACAGUAACCUGUAACAGAAUUAAAAUGUUUAUAGUGGUGCAAUAAUUGCAUCAAAAAAUGAUAAAUUUCUCAUCUUAUAUUCCAGUACAUGUUGUUAAUACCAACAUGUUUUCUGCUUAUUACCUCGUUAAUUAUUAAGCUAUUAUCCAACUAUUAAAGCGUUAUUACGAAGCUGUAAGGCGAAUAAAAAGGUCUGGCAUCACCGGGAAAGGAUCAACAUUCAUAUCCUUAUCAAAACAAAGUUAAACACCACUGCUCAAAUUUGGACAUUUUAGCUCCAAAAUAAAAAAAAACAAAACAAAAACUGCUAAUUCUGUCACCAUUUUGUCAGUUUUGUAAAUAUGACUGUUAUUUUUAAACAAUCAGAAAUUCCAAAGUAGCAAAAAAAAAAAAAAAAAGUAUAAUGUCAAACCUGACUAGAUUUAUUACCUUGACUUGACAAUUCCUGAAUUCUGUUUUGUGCUCACGUGGUAAUUUCAUACCUGACUUCCGUACUUUGCCAUCAUUUUUCUAAGAGGUUAAACAAAGUGAUGUUGUCGCAGUUUCUCGACUCUUGUCCUGUUAACUUCACCCGAGUCGUCAUGGGGAAGCAAAGGGGGCGGGGCCUGUAGCUUAAAGAGGUCUGUAGGUUUACGCUGUAGGAGAAAACUUGUGUAGUUUUGAGAAGAAAAAAAAAAAACGAAUUUGCGGCAGCCGUGGAUUGGUACGGCGGGAGAAACACAUUUGGCUUUGAGGUGCUUACGUCUGUGUCCAACUGAAGCCAUAAUGUUCUGAAACAAGAAGGUGACGUUAGACUGAAGAUGCAGCGUUUUUAAGAUGUACCGUUGUGGUCAGGUUGAAUGAAAGUGAAGCGAUUACGUUACUAGUCAGACGUUCUGUCGAAGCAGCAGCACUAUGUACGGAGGAAGACUCGGGCCAAAACGUAUAAACUUGAUGUCAAUAUUUGGUCAAAUUGUUCUUCUUCAUUUGGCCUUAAUCCUUCCUGUAAAUGUUAAAUAAUGCAAAACGUGGUAUUUGUGAUUGGACGACGAUUUGAAAGGAAUCUCAAACUGUCCCCUGUGCUCUCAUUGGUUUAUUUUAGUCCCCUAUUUGUACCGUUAUGGAAGCGCGAGUAAUAAAAGCGAUAUAAAUUGGAUCACUAUAAACCCUCUGUUUCCCUUAACUCGAAGGGGUUACAGUGGUUUUAUACAGAAGUUCGGUCCCAAUGUGGGCUAGCUAAUAUUUCUCAGACAAAGAAAUUGAAGUGUUAAGUUUGUAGCAAAUACUAAUCUGUGUAAAGAAAAGUGGAAAACUGGCAUAUUGGAAACUUUUUUUACAACUGAAGUGUGAUAUUCUGCUCCAUAGUGGUGGAGAUGGCUCUAAUAGGCGACUGUACAUGUGAAACAUUGCUCUCCUUCAUGUGGGUGGGUGGGCUGGUGGGCGGGGAGGGGGGCGGGGUGACAACUAAAGGGACGGGAGCUUCGAUUUUUCUAUGACGGAGAGACAAACAUGCUACAACUGAAGCUUUUUCUCAAGUGUUUUUUAUUCCAAUGUCUCUGUAUCCUUUAAUGUAUCUUGAUAAGAAAAGAAAUAAAGAAUUUUUUUUUU